GUCUGUGUAGCGUUGCCGUAUCCAACAUGGCAGACUCAGGUGCGCAGGCGCAAACUACUUUUGAUUCCAAUCGGGUAACGACGCAAAUUAGGUUGAAACUGCUAAUAUUAUUGUAAAUCAGCCAAUUUACUAAGACAAGGAUUUGAUGACAAGACUGUACGGAGAUACCCCUUCAUAUGGGUUUUUGUAGCUUGAUCUUAAGCCUGCGGCAGAGGCCCCCGGUUCAGAGCCUGUAAAAUCUAGCGCUGAGUAUGGUUCCCUGGUUUUGGUGGCGGUUCGGAAACAUGGGGUGGAAGUGUGAGGUGUCGAGACGAACGUGAUGACGGCAUGGUCCAUGGUGGUGAAGCUCAAAAUGGAAAAACACCCAUGCAGGGAGGACAACAUUGACUCAACUGAGACCCAGCCUGCCACUGACGAGUCAGAGGAUGGGAGCAGCUCAGAGAGUGAAUCUGAGGGCCAGCAGUGCCCCCGGGUUCAGGUGAACAACAGCAGCUUCAGAAAGAGAGACCCACUCGCAAUCACCAAGCCCCAUCGCCAACUCUGCCGCUCACCAUGCCUCGACCGACCCAGUUUUUCCCAGAGUAGUACGAUACAGGAUGCCCGUGAGGAUGACACUAGCAACUCUGUACCAGCAUUUAAAUCUGUUGGUGAAAAGGAGUAUCAAGCCAAGAAGGAGUUUGCUUUAAAACUAGGUUAUUCAGGUGAACAAGUGGAGGCUGUGCUUAACAAACUCGGUGCUGCUGCUCUGAUUAAUGAUAUUUUAGCAGAAUUAGUAAGGCUUGGGAACAAGGUGGAUCCUGAAGUUCAGACUUGCACUAAUCUAUCAACUUUGGUAUCACGCUCUCCAUGUGUCAAAGAGAAUGCCAGUCCAGAGGUGUCCUUGGAAGAAGAAUCAGUAGACACCUACGACAACCUUAGGCCCAUUGUGAUUGAUGGCUCAAAUGUUGCAAUGAGCCAUGGAAACAAGGAAGUAUUCUCCUGCCGUGGGAUUCAACUUGCUGUGGAAUGGUUUAGAGAAAAAGGCCACAAAGACAUCACUGUUUUUGUCCCAGCCUGGAGAAAGGAACAGUCAAGGCCAGAUGCUCUCAUUACAGAUCAAGAAAUAUUACGACGGCUGGAGAAAGAAAAGAUAUUGGUUUUUACCCCAUCCCGUAGAGUUCAAGGCAGGAGAGUGGUGUGCUAUGAUGAUCGCUUCAUAGUGAAGCUGGCUUAUGAUUCUGAUGGAAUUAUUGUGUCAAAUGACAACUACCGGGACUUGCAAAAUGAAAAACCUGAAUGGAAGAAGUUUAUAGAGGAGCGUCUCCUUAUGUACUCAUUUGUCAAUGACAAAUUUAUGCCACCUGAUGAUCCUUUGGGAAGACAUGGUCCAAGCUUAGAAAAUUUUCUUCGGAAACGGCCAGUUGUUCCAGAGCACAAAAAACAGCCCUGUCCUUAUGGUAAAAAGUGCACAUACGGACACAAGUGCAAGUACUAUCAUCCCGAGCGUGUGAACCAACCUGUCCGCUCGGUGGCUGAUGAACUUCGAGCUUUUGCUAAACUGUCAGCAGUGAAGACAAUGAGUGAAGGGGCUUUGGUCAAGUGUGGUGCAGCGGCUCAGAAGGGCGAGGGCAGCUCUGAAGCCAAACGUGUGGCACCCAAACGCCAGUCAGACCCCAGCAUUCGCUCUGUGGCCUGUGAGCCUCCAGAGGCGCUGUCUGUGGCCAGGAAGUCAGAGACUAAUUCGGUGCCUUCUCUUGUGACUGCUCUCAGUGUGCCCACAAUGCAACCAGCCAAGAGCCAUGCAGCUGGGGCCUUGAACACCCGCUCUGCCAGCAGUCCAGUGCCUGGCUCUUUGCAGUUUGGGCGCAGCUCUUUGGAGCACACAUCCAGCGUACAGUAUCCACCUAUACUGGUCACCAACAGUCACGGAGCGUCUAUGACCUACUCAGACCAGUUCCCAAAGUUCGACUCGGUGGUCAGUGACCACGGUUAUUAUUCACUGCACAGUGACUUCUCAAACAUGAGCAUGAGCAGCAUGCAUAAUGUCGACAGUUUCUGUAGCAUGGAGCAUGAUCAUGGCGUCUAUCAGAGAAAUCUCAGCCACUGCCCUGAAUCCUGCCUCAGCCACUCCAACAGCGAUUCUUUCUCGUCCUAUGGAGACAUGUACCAGAGCUCAGUAGACAGCAGUCUGGAUGACAGUCUGAAGGGAAUGCCACAGUCAUCAGCACAGAGCAGAAUGCAGGCGUUUGCGCACGGCUUUCGUCACGAGGCUCUGACCAGGGUUCAGAGCUAUGGACCAGAGGAUCCGAAGCAAGGUCCAUGUAAGCCACAAGCGGCUCAUCUGGCCCCCCAUAUCCAACAUGCUGCAGUGGGAGCUAGGUCCAGCUGUCCUGGAGACUACCCUCUAACUCAGACGUCACUCCCCCCUCUCUCCUCACAGCCCACACGCUCCCUUGGCAUGACCCGCAUGGACAGCAUUUCAGAUUCCAGGUUGUACGACAGCAAUCCUCUGAGACAAAGGCGGCCCCCACUGUGUCGUGAGCAGCACGCGAGCUGGGACCCUCUGCCUUGUGGGAAUGAGUCCUUCGGGUAUCACUCAUACCCACUGAGUAAUAGCUUGAUGCCAUGUUGCGAGAGAGUGAUGGUCCGCAGUAUGCCUGACAAAAUGGAGCAAAUUUGGAACUCUCCCUGGGAAACGGCCUCUGUGGCAGAGCACCAGGAGCGGUACGUCAUCCCGGACCACCAAUACCAAACAUAUCGAAACCUUUGUAACAUCUUUCCUGCUUAUAUUGUUCACUCUGUCAUGGAGAAGAACCCACAUCUUACAGACCCACAACAACUCGCUGCAGUCAUUGUUACAAAGUUGAGGUCGUGCAACUAAUGUCACUAAAUUAUAUAUGUAAUGAUCAUUUCCUUUUAAAAUAAUUGUUCAAACAUAGGCACUUAUUUGUUGUUGCUGCAUGUGCAACAAUUGCCCUCAGGAGUUAAGGUUCAUCAACAUAAAUCUUAAAAGGAGUUAGAUUUACAUCACUGAGUAGUGACAUUACAGUGUUAUACUCACUGUAGAUAUCUACAUUUUAUAUGAAGGAUAAUGCACUUGUUGUAAAGUAACACAUUUGAGUAAACUGUAUAAAACCACCAUCACAAGAACUGAACCAGAGCCUUACAGAAGUUAAUCUAGUUCUAAAAAUCAAAAAAGUUGGUUCAAAGUAUUCAUUGGAAGUGUUAGUAUUGCAUUGUGCCCAAUCCCUUACCUGACUUUAACAACAUUAACAAUAUUAGGUCCACUUGAGCACAACUUGCUUUGAAGUAUUUGCCUUACUGUUUUUCCACUGUCUUUUCUGAAUCACUUCUGUAAAACUCUAGUUCAGCUCCUGUGACUGUUAUAAACAGCAUUUGAAGAUUUUUUUUAACUUAAUAAUUGGUUUAGAUCUGCCUCUGCUGUAAAUAAGAUGAAGGAGGUGAGUGUGUACCUCACAGCAUGAACCACGACAUUAAUGGCCUUAUAUCUGAAUGACCUCACACAGUUGUGUCAUCGGUUUCAGUGAAAAUCUGUGUAGCUGAAGCUCCACACUUUCAAAUGUAAAGCACUAUAUCAUUAUCUAAAGAUAUAUUUUCUCAACAUCGUUUAACAAAACUAUUUUAGUAAAGGGUGCACAAAACAAGCCAAAAACAGAGAUUUGACUUGUGAAGUGUACGUGUGCACAUAUUUAUGUACAUAUAAUCACACAAAAGCCAUUGUUUCAGUGUCAUUUUAAAGCUGCUAAAUAAUGCCAAAAAAUAAUUUUUAUCAGUAUUUCACAUGGCAACAUUUUAGUUCACUGAAAUGAUUAUAUUGAUAAUUAAGGUGUUAAAAUGAGUACAUAUAGUACAGUUAUUGUAUUUUAAAUUUUUACUAAGGAGUAUUUAUUUGUUGUGCUAACUAUUUAAUUGUAAAAUAUUCAAAGCAAUUUUACUAGUACUGUUGGACUCACUGAUGUUGUUGGCUGAACAUUUUUAGAAUAUGGUUAAGUUAUGGGACUGCUUUUGUGUAGUCUGGCACCAGUAUUGUGCUAUAAUUAACAGACUUGUUCUAUUAAAUAGAUGGAUGAUUGCAUGAUUAGAUGUAGGCAUUUCUGGUUAGGCAAGAGCAAGAGAUUUAAGUUGAUUAUGGCUGCUCUAAUUUACUUUACAGUCCAUUGAAAUAUGACAUGUCUACAUGCAACACCACAGGCUUAAUUUUCAGCACAGGACCUUGAUUUGUAAUCCUAGAUGUCCAUGUGUGAGGAAGUAUUGGUAAAAAUGUGUCUGUUGGGAUGAUGAUAGAAAUCAACACUUUGCACAACAAUCCUGCAUUGGACUGAAGGCUUUAUUUAGCAGGCUGUGGAGUGUUUAUGGGUGACUUCAGUGGGUGAAUGAAUUCUGACUUUUACGUCGGUGAUAUUCAGUAUGUGACAAAAGCAUGUUUUCAGAUUACGGUUAUGGCCUUUUCCAGGGGCUUGUUUGCUCAAAUAGAAGAAAAUGCAGUGUUUGUAGAUUUUUAGGGGUUUGGGCUGUGCCUUGCAGCGAAUUGCUCUCAGGAUGAUUUGUUUUGUAAUUUACAUAAUUUACUUGCCAAACCCACAAGAAAAAAAAUCAUUAAACAUAUAGUAAUUAAAAUACCAUAGUAUGUACAGUUGAGAUUUAGAAAUACAAGGUAAGUGUUUGCUCUGUACAUUAUUCAUAUCAGUCUUGGCAUUCCAGCCAAAUAUGAUCAGUGCUUUACAUCAUAGGCUGAACAUUGGGGGCUGCAUGUGGCCUACCAACAAAUGAUUUGAGGUUUGAGCAGAUUUAAUGCUCUUUUCUAAAGGUGGGAGAUAUUUUAAAAAAAUUUACAUCAUCACAAUAUUGAGUAUAUUGUGUAUGAUAGAAAAUAUUUCAUACAAAUUAUGAGGUGACCUAAAGAUGUUAGCACAUUUCUGAUGACUGAAUCUGAAUCUGUGAUCAUUGGGAUAAUAAUUUUACAGGAUAUCAAUAUUGCCCACCCCUGUGCCGUUCCCUUCACAACCAGCUGUACAAAAUUACACAUUGGAUACAAAAUAUAGCAGAAUGUCAUGUGAAGUUAACUUGAAAUUGAAAAAGUGAAACUUUUUCCACAUUCUACUUUUUAUGAUAAUUUACACUGUAAAACACAAAGCUUGUUUAGUACUAAAUAGGCUCUUGUUGAUAUUUUUAUGGGAAAAGUUUGUGUGUUGUAUUUCAUUUUUAAUUCUAUCUCAGCAUUGUCUCAUUAGUGAUUCUCAAUUGUAUUUAGGUUCAACCUUAGUGUAUGAGCAUAUAUAAUAUACAGACUAUAUAAUGUUUGAAUGUGUUCUGCCCAAAGGUAUUUUGGGCUUUGCUGACUUUGUUUUUUUCAUGAAAAAAGACACGGCUGGAAUUGGCCAACUGUCUGUUCAUGAGAAGGUGAAACAAACUGCCUAAAUGUUUCGACAUGUGAAACAAUCAGAUUGCAAGGCUGCUGUCAAGGUUGUUUCUGGCAUUUGGCUUAAGGUUUGCGUGCUGUUCUAUUCAGCUCUACCCUGAAAUUGUUGCAAAAAACUGCAAACUAAAAACAUUUAGGCACAUUAGUGCUUUGAUUCUUAAAAUUGGAGUAGUCUGAUACCCUGGGGAAAGCAGAGUGCAUUUACUGUAUAAAAAAUAUGACCUGUCGAAUGCCUCAAUAAAGUAAUGGACAUCAUUACUCAGUAAAUUGUAAUGAAUAGUGUUAGACAGCAUUUCUUUGCCAAGGACAUUCUUGACAUCAUGAUACUGUUAUAAGGCAAUGUUAUGCCACUAUGGCACUGUUUUGCCUGGGCAGUGGACUACUUCCAGCCUCGUAAUCAAACUGAAGCCUUGCAGUGACUAUUAUUUGACUUAUCUUAUCUAUACAGCCACUAAAGUGGUUUGUUGUCCUCAGAUUUCAUGGUAAGUGCCGCAAACAACUAAGCCACAAAUGUCAAGAAUUGACUAUUGCUUGUUGAUACAAAUUGUAUCUAUACCUUGAAUGUAACAAACUAUAAAUGUAAAAUAUGAAUAUAGUUUUAUUUAACUAAAGGGGAAAAAACAAUGCCAUAAUGUUUGUGACACUGUGUGUCACUGGGAGUAGCCCACUGGUAUGUAUUUAUUCUUACUGGGUACAGUAGUUCUUUACAGGGACUUUAUGUGCUGCGAGAGCACUCCUCCCUGAGUACAGCGGUAAGCAUGUCCUCUUUGUACAUAGGACCACCAGAGUGUACAUAAAACUAUCCUGUAAACUAACUUAGUAUGUUGUUCGAUACUGUGUUGUUAUCUGUGCACCUUUGGUAAACUGCGAUGUCUGCUUUAUUCUAUUUUAAUGGGAGUUUCAAUAGUUUUGAAAUAUUUUGCAUAAAAAUAUGCCAAAGUUAUUCUUGGAUGACGUAUCAAAUAAGUAAGCUAGAGGAAAACAUGGAUUGUUAUCAGAAUCCUGAACUAUACAUUUCCUGCCAGAUGGGGUCACUGUGCUGCUCUUGAGGCACACUGCAGUGAAAUCUUUCUGGUCUGCUCUCUUCUGUAGGAAGUUGUCACUGAAAUGUUUCACAUGUGUAAUGACUGCACUGUGUGAUCAUGUCCUAUUCAAUUGUAAUUUUACUCACUGUAGGUUAUGCAGCAGAAAUGAACCAUAGAUUUGGCUUGAAACAAAACUGAUUAAAUCCUGGUUUUAUUUAAUGUGUAAAUUAAUAAAUUAAACAUAUAAUUUUAAACUAUUAAUUGAAAAUAUUUGCUUUGAGUAACAGUUUGGAGUAAUCUUUGUACAGAUUUCACAAACCUGUUCACGUAAUUGGAGUUUUAAACAGUUGUGGUCUGGUCAUUGUCCACCUCUUGAGUCUGUGGUAAUGUUGAUGUGUAGUGUCAAAAUUAUAAAAUCUGGAGGUGCAUUUUGAACAUGAUCUUACCUACUCAGGUUAACUCAACAACUGUUAAAAGUUUAAAUAAAGUUGGUUAACAUGUUUAGUAGACCAUAAUCUAAAAGUGUAUUUAUUAAUUGCUGUAUUGUAAAUCUCUCACUGGAAAUGAUCUUUUAUAGACCAAAAUAUACAAACGUGCUAAAACAGAGAAUUUUGAGUCUGAAGACUCAAACAAAAUGUAAGUCUUAAUGACAAAAUUGUUUCUCUCCAUUAAUAAAGCUAUGUUAUGGUCAAA